AUGGGCGUCUCUUACAGUACAGCAAAAUGGAUAGCACCCGUAUCAUUUCUAAUCGACUUUGCAUGUCAGAACUAUGGAAUGCUUUCCUCGCCUAACAUGAAGGACAUCCAUGACCAGAACAUCUCAUUCUUCAGUCCUCAGCCAUUCUUCAUUGCGGCAUUCUUCUUCCCCCAGCAACUGUUUCAGCUGGCAUGGCUGUAUCGACUCGGGAAACUUGACCCUUCGAGACCUGCACAGCGAGCAGAGCUUGACCAAAUUGUGGAUUUUGUGCCCUACUACGCCCUGGGGAAUCUAUGCAUUGCAGCAUGGAUGGUGGCGUGGAAUUCUGGACGUCUCGAUAUAUCUCAUGGUUUUGUCACCAUCAACACCUUCGCUCAGCUGUGGUAUAUGCUGACGAAGCUCCAACCGAUGAACACGGCGUCAACUUCGUCGAUACUCACACAUAUAGUCUCCAAGACUUUCGCCGGUAUUGGCGUCCUCGAUUUUUUGCACAACGGCUCUGCAGCAUUCUUCAAGGGCCAGCCUGCCAAUCUGCCCGUCAAGGUACUUACAGGUGCUGGGUUCGGCCUCGCAAGUGCUGCCAGUGACUGGAUCUUUGGCGGCUGCCUUGUCUAUGACCUGGUGGCUCUGGCUGUUGGUCAAAAGGGUGACUGGAGGACAUUGCUUAGCGUGUAUGCGACUGGAUCUGCUGGGAUUGUGGCAGCCAGAAACAUCGCCAAGUAG